AUGGACUUUGCACCAUACCAAGACGGAUCCCCAGAGCUAGAGCGCGCAUUAUCCCCGCCGCCUGGCAAAAGAGGCUCUAUUGAGUCACCACGAGUACGAUCCCCUCCACCUCAGAAUAGACCAUCCCAGCCCAUUACGCGAGCAAUUUCGGAUGUACAACCACUACCGCCACCAAGCUCGUUUUCCAACGAUGCAUUCUUGGGUGGAUCGUUGUCUCGAGAAGAGCGAGGUCAGAGUCUAGAAGCCUUCCAGUCGAGCCUACCUAUGCGUCUGGACCACGAAGCCAUGCUUUCAUAUCUCUUGCUACCUCCCGCUGGCGGCGUACUGCUGCUCAUACUGGAACACAAGAGUGACUACGUGCGAUUCCACGCAUGGCAGUCUAGCAUGCUAUUCUCGGCCAUCUUCAUUUUGCACUUGAUCCUGUCAUGGUCGAAAUUUCUCUCCUGGCUUCUCUUUGCCAUCGACCUGGUCUUGAUCGGCUUCUUGACAAUGCAUGCUUACCGGGAUGUGGAAAACCUUGAGCAUUUCGAAGUUCCCUUUUUCGGCCGUCUGGCCAACUCGUUCGUUGAUAACGAAUGA